UUUUGAGUGGCGAUCAUCGAUACUGAUAUCGUAUCCGUGAGGCGGAGAAAUUGUUCGGAUUGGAGAUGAUGCAUGCGAGCGGCGGAACUUCAGUGCGUCGGCGCUCGUUUAGGGAUUCGAUCAAACUGCUCGAAGCUGAUAUCCAGCAUGCUAAUACUCUAGCAUCAGAUUUUCCAUGUGAGUAUGACGGUGCAUGCUUGCAGAUGAGAAUGUCAUACAGCCCUGCAGCGCAUUUCUUCCUUUUUCUAGUACAAUGGAGUGACUGCCGUCUUGCUGGCGCUCUUGGACUGUUGAGAAUCCUGAUUUACAAGGUGUAUGUUGAUGGCGCCACCACUAUGUCUACCCACGAGAGGAAAGCUAGCAUUAGGGAAUUCUAUGCUGUUAUUUAUCCCUCUUUACUUCAACUUCAGAGCGGUGUUACCGAUUCAGAAGAUGAGAGACAGAAAGCUGUAUGGAUGGAGAGAUACAGGAGACGAGAUGAGGAAAAGCAUGAGCAAUGCUCAGAAGUAAAUCUUCAAGGGGAAGAAGAAUGUGGGAUUUGCAUGGAGAUGAGAAGUAAAGUACUAUUGCCAAACUGUAACCAUGAGAUGUGCCUCAAGUGCUACAGAGAAUGGCGUUCAAGAUCACAGUCAUGCCCAUUUUGCCGUGAUAGCCUAAAGAGGGUAAACUCGGGUGAUCUGUGGAUCUUUCUAAAUGGCAGGGAUGUAAUAGACAUGUCAGCUAUUACAAGUGAGAAUUUGAAGAGGUUGUUCACUUAUGUAGAUAAAUUGCCUCUGAUCAUCCCUGAUACCCUAUUCAACGCUUACAACAAACAUAUAAGGUGA